AUGCCAAUCAUAUACUUUGAACCGAAAUCGCAUUUGGUGAAACGCGAAAUUGGCGGAGGCUACGCCAUUUUCGGAGUAGCAGCAAUAGCAGUGUUCUGCGUCGCGUGCUGGGUGAUUGUAACCAUCAAAAACAAGGAGAAGAAAGCAAGAGAGCAAAGAUCAUCACCAGCUGCUACACGCAAUGGCACCAUUUCCAUCGCACCGGCAAGUGGGAGAAGGACGACCGAAAGAGGGUUGCCUGCGUAUAACGAGGCUCCCCCCAUGUGUGAGCUUGGCCUACUGCAGAGGGGGUACGAUUUGCCUAGUGAUUAUGUUCCUGCGUACUCGGCCGAGGCUGGUGCUCUGGAUAUGGGAUUCUACGACCAACUGGGGAAGUUUGUUUCUACACGAGUCGAAUCGAGGCCAGUUGGCGAGACUCUGGCGGCGACGCAUUACCAAUCCCAGCCACCUCGUCUGAUGGUGUGA